GAAAAAUAAGGAAAAAUGAUUUUAAAAGGAAAAAAAAAGAAGGUGAAGUCCCACUAAAAUCUCUCUGGGCUUUAGGAAAAAGAUCGUCUGAAAUAGACUAUAAAACCUUCCCGCCACUAUAAAAUCUCUCUUCUCUUUUUCUCUUAAGUCAAAAAAACUCAUAAGGGGAAAAUAAAAGAAGAAAAAGGGGUUUCGUGGGUUUUGAUUAUUUUCUCUGAAAUGGGAGCGUGUGCAACGAAGCCAAAGGAGUUGAAAGGAGAGGCGCCGGAAGACGUACCGGAGAAUGUUACGGCGGCGAAGGAUGUGACGGUGGUGGCGGAAGAAGUGACGAAGGAAGUAGAAGUUGGUGCUGAUGAUGAUCCUGAGAAACGCCGAUCUCUCUCUAACUUGUUCAAGCAGAAUGAAGAAGUUAAGGGAUCGGAGCAAGUGAAAGAGGAGGCAUCUGAGAUAACACAAGCUUCCGAACCAUCAGAAGCCAAGCCAAAUGAAGUUGAGAAGGUUGUUGAUGCUCCUGUAACGACAGAGACAGAAAGAGCUCUAGAAGUGGUAUCCACAAUAGAGGCCCCCAAAGCGGAAACUUCUGAGGAGAAGAAGAUAGAGGAAGUAAAAUCAGAAACCAAGACUCCUGUUGAGAAGAAAGUAGAGGAAGUAACAGUGGCAGCAGAGACUCCUGCAGAGAAGAAAAUAGAAGAGGCACCAGCUGCUACUGAGGCUCCAAAAUCUGAAGCUCCUGUGGAGAAGAAAGCAGAAGAAAAAUCAGUUGCAACAGAGGCUCCAAAAUCUGAAGCUCCGGUGGAGACGAAAGCAGAAGAAAAAACAGUUGCCACAGAGGCUCCAAAAUCUGAAGCUCCAGUGGUGACGAAAGCAGAAGAAAAACCAGCUGCCGAUGCAGAGAAAACUGUAAUAGAAGAAAAGAAGUCGGACAAAUCUUAAUAGGAUAAGUGAACCAUAAUGCGGUAAGGCUUUGAAAAAUCAAACUUUUUUUCCUUAGUUGGUCGAAGAUUGCAAGGUGGAUGGAGUGGAGCUGUUUUUUGUUGGUUGAACAAGUUGUGAUUAGCUAGAUUUAAUCAUUCAUUUGUUGGUUGUGGUUUGAGUUCUGAUUACAUACUAUAUUUUCAUCUUAUUCAUCAAUGGUACGUUUAAACAUACUA